AAGAGCUCGCUUCACACAGUGCGCUGUGUCUGCCUGGAAAUUUAGAGGGCUAGCUCACCCCAUACACUCAGCUAGGGAUGUUUUACUAACUACUUUAUAAACAGAGGACAACGCAAACAUUGACACAAGUGCUGUAACUCUCUUAACUUUAACUAAACGGUAAUUAGUUUAAAAGUCAGUUGCACAUUCACUGAAGUUUGACGAAAGUUGUCUGUCCUUUUUUGUUUCUUUUUGCUGAAGAGCGGAUUGCUUGUUAAAACUCUAUUUUUGGAUUGGUUGAUAUUUUCUUAGUCUCGAAGAGAAACUGUAAGACUCGAUCGAGAUGGUUGUCCUGUCACUGACGGUACUAGUAGGAUUUAUAGGAAGUCUGACUUCAGCCGACAACGCUGAUGCCAUAGAUAAAGAAGACCAGCUGCGUAGCCGCCUGAGAGAGUAUGGCCUCAUCACCCCCAUCAGCACCGACUCCCAUGGUCACUUCCUGUCCCACCUGCUCUCUGCCAAUCACAAACAGCGAGUGAAGAGGGAGGUUGGGGCAGAGGGCUCGGAACAGGCCAGUGAUAGGCUGUUCUUCAACAUCACGGUAUUCGGCAGGGAGUUCCACCUGAGGCUCCGUCCCAACGACCGCCUGGUGUCUCCUGGGGCCAUGGUGGAGUGGCACGACCAGGUUCCUGAACCAGGCAACGCCAGCAGCAGUAGUACAAUCACUAGUAAUAGUGGUAGCAGAGGUACUAUCCGUGUUGGUGGAGAGAAUGGGAGUGAGUCGACCAGCGGUGGAACAGAGAGGAUUCUCAGGAGGAGGUUGCUGAAAACAGACUGCACCUUUAUCGGUGACAUCACUGACGUAAAGGGAGCCUCCGUCGCCAUUAACAACUGUGAUGGACUGGCUGGUAUGAUCCGGACAGACUCAGAUGAGUACUUCAUUGAGCCAUUGGAGAGAGGGACUCAGGAACAUGAGGACCAGGGCAGAGUCCAUGUUGUCUACAGGAGAUCUGCUGUUCUACAGGCCCCCUCUGACAUCUCACUGGACUACCAACUGGAAGAACCAGAAAUAGAGCUGUCCCUACCAGGUGUUCUGGGGAUUCCAGACCAGGUGUCCCUGCCAGGUGUUCCGGGGGUUCUAGACCAGUUGUCCCUGCCAGGUGUUCCGGGGGUUCUAGACCAGGUGUCCCGGCAGGUGAACCAGGCGGUGAGGAAGCGCCGCCACGCCGGAGAUGACGACUACAACAUUGAAGUUCUCCUGGGUGUCGACUAUUCCGUGGUGCGUUUCCAUGGCAAGGAGCAUGUGCAGAACUACCUGCUGACCCUCAUGAACAUUGUGAAUGAGAUCUACCACGAUGAGUCUCUAGGAGUCCAUAUUAAUGUGGUGUUGGUGAGGAUGAUCAUGCUGGGCUAUGCUAAGUCCAUCAGCCUGAUAGAACGAGGGAACCCGUCCAGGAGUCUGGAGAACGUGUGUCGCUGGGCGUUCGUUCAGCAGAAGGCAGACCAUGACCAUUCUGAGCACCAUGAUCACGCCAUCUUCCUGACCAGACAGGGCUUUGGACCCACAGGCAUGCAGGGCUACGCCCCCGUAACAGGCAUGUGCCAUACAGUCCGGAGCUGCACGCUGAACCAUGAGGAUGGAUUCUCCUCUGCCUUCGUUGUCGCCCACGAGACCGGACAUGUGCUGGGUAUGGAGCAUGAUGGUCAGGGUAAUCGUUGUGGGGACGAGACAGCCAUGGGGAGUGUGAUGGCUCCACUGGUUCAAGCUGCCUUCCACCGAUACCACUGGUCCAUGUGUAGUGGACAGGAGCUCAAUAGAUAUAUACAUUCGUACGACUGUCUCCUGGAUGACCCGUUCAAACACGACUGGCCCCAGCUGCCAGAGCUGCCAGGGAUCAACUACUCCAUGGAUGAACAGUGUCGCUUCGACUUCGGAGUCGGAUAUAAAAUCUGCACAUCAUUUCGCACAUUUGACCCAUGUAAGCAGCUGUGGUGCAGUCACCCUGACAACCCAUACUUCUGCAAGACCAAAAAAGGCCCUCCUCUGGAUGGUACUGAGUGUGUUCCUGGGAAGUGGUGCUAUAAAGGUCACUGCAUGUGGAAGAAUGUCAACCAGGUGACGCAGGAUGGCUCCUGGGGCUCUUGGACGAAAUAUGGUUCCUGUUCCCGCUCCUGUGGGACCGGGGUUCGCUUCAGAACUCGCCAGUGCAACAACCCAGUCCCCUCUAACGGCGGUGGGGACUGUCCCGGGGUGAAUUAUGAGUACCAGCUGUGUAACACAGAGGACUGCCCCAAACACUUUGAGGACUUCAGGGCCCAGCAGUGCCAGCUACGCAACUCCCACUUUGAGUUCCAGAACACCAAACACCACUGGCUGCCCUAUGAGCACCCUGACUCCAAUAAGAGGUGCCACCUGUACUGCCAGUCGAAGGAGACUGCUGACGUGGCGUACAUGAAGCAGCUGGUGCAUGAUGGGACACGCUGCUCCUACAAAGACCCCUACAGCAUUUGUGUCAGAGGAGAGUGUGUGAAAGUUGGCUGCGACAAAGAGAUUGGUUCCAACAAGGUGGAGGAUAAGUGUGGAGUGUGUGGUGGGGACAAUUCUCACUGUCGUACCAUCAAGGGAACCUUCACCCGCACCCCCAAGAAAGCUGGGAAGACGAGAGGAGCAUUUACCUUGCCUAAAGGAGCUCGGAAUGUUUAUCUGAAUGAAACAGAAGAUUUUAGAAAUGUACUUGGUUUCCUUAAGAUGUUUCUGAUUCCUCCCGGGGCUAGACAUGUGAUCAUUCAGGAGCAUGAGGCUUCUCCUCAGAUGCUUGCGAUCAAGAACCAGGUGACAGGCCGCUACAUCCUGAAUGGCCGAGGAGAGGAGGCUCGCUCCCGGAGCUUCAUAGACCUGGGAGUGGAGUGGGAUUACAUUAUAGAAGACGACGAAGAGACACUAUACACUGAUGGACCCCUACACGACGCUGUGGUCGUACUGAUAAUCCCUCAGGACAACAAGACCAGGUCGACCCUGAUGUAUAAAUACAUCAUCCAUGAAGACUCUGUCCCCGUCAACAACAACAACGUCAUUCAGGAGGACACCUACGAAUGGGCCCUGAAGAGCUGGUCGCAGUGUUCUAGACCCUGUUCUGGAGGGUUCCAGUACACUAAGUAUGGCUGCAGGAAAAAGGGUGACAGCAAGAUGGUCCACCGGGGAUACUGUGAUGUCAGCAAGAAGCCAAAACCCAUCAGGAGAAUGUGUAACCUACAGGACUGUACACAGCCACAAUGGAUCUCAGAGGACUGGGAGCACUGCACUAAGACUUGUGGCAGUUUGGGUUUCCAUAUCCGGACGGUUCGCUGUGUCCAGUUCCUCAAUGAGGGGACCAACCGCUCAGUCCACAGCAAGUACUGCAGUGGGGAGAAACCAGAGAGCAGACGGCCCUGUAACAGACUGCCCUGUCCUGCACACUGGAGGCCUGGGGCCUGGUCAGAGUGCUCAGUGACAUGUGGUGAGGGGGUGGAGAGGCGCUUAGUGACGUGUCGUAUUGGAGAUCAGUGUAAUGGAGAGAGACCUGAGGCCCAUAGACCCUGCAAACCAGGACCCUGUCACGAUGAGCCGUGUAACGGGGAUAAAUCUAUAUUCUGUCAGAUGGAGGUCCUGGUGAGAUACUGCUCUAUCCCGGGAUACAAUAAACUGUGUUGUGACUCGUGUAGCAGACGCAGAGGAACCCUGUCCCCCCUCCUAGUAGAAGCCGCCGAGAUGGACCAGGAAGUACGCUUUGCCGCCGCCUCCCAGCUCCUGGAGACUCAGUCACUCAAUGGGACGCGUGAUUUGUCUCUUCGCUCCCUACUGACCCCCCAUGGAUCCUCAACGCUAUGCCCCAGUAUCAGACACGCCCACAAGGUCCCACCCAGGAAAAGCUCCUUCCACCGCAGGGUUCCAUCCCCCAGUAGCCUCGCUGUCAGGAACCUAUCCAUCAUGAUGUCAUCACUUACUGCCAGUGGCGCGGUUCAGUCAGAUGCCACGGAGGGUCAAAGCACGGACACGUUGAGGAAGAGCCGGUUGCUCAGGGAGACAAAGGUGGCUCUAACGGAGACGGAGAGAUGAAGUGGGAUCGUUCCUCCUCUGGACUCCAUGCAGAUAUCACUCCACCCUGCCUUUCUCACCUCACUACAUCACCGGGAGG